CCCAACUCAAGUCUCUAGUCCAAAACCCAUUUGUUUGAAAUGGAUUGCUCUUCAUCAUACUAUGCUCACUCUUCUUCGCUAUCAACACCUGUUAAGGCUAACAAUGGCAACAACAAGAAGAGAACCAAACCGGUGAAGCUCUCGACCGACCCGCAAAGCGUGGCGGCUCGGGAGAGGAGGCACCGGAUCAGUGACCGGUUCAAGGUGUUGCAGAGCUUGGUUCCAGGUGGAGCCAAGAUGGACACGGUGUCCAUGUUAGAAGAAGCCAUUCACUAUGUCAAGUUCUUGAAAACUCAGAUAUGGCUUCACCAGACCAUGAUCAAGUUCUUGAAGAAUGGUGAGUUUGAUGAUGACCCAACUACUGACUUGAUUCUUCCACCGAGUUCUGUGACUCAGCAGCAGCAGCAGUGGGUGUGCUCGCCGGAGGACUUGGUGGUGGGUCAUGAAGUGCAAUCGGCGGUGCGGGUUGGGUUUCCGGGUUGUGGGUUUGGAGGUGAAGAGAUCAUGGGUUUUGAUGGAUCUAUUAAUUACUAGCAAAACUCUAUCUAUGUAUAUGGUAUUAAUUUCUUUAGUUUGUGUGAAAUUUUACUUUAGUUUUUAGAGUUUUUAUUUGAAUAAUUUGAUCUUAAAAAAAAAGUUGUCGUAACGUGAUCGCUUCGUUACAUAUUGUUAAUAUUUUGAAUGGAAAAAAAAUUAUGUGCAAAAUUAGAGGACUAAAAUGAAAUUCAAAUAGUCUUUAGUCCAUUGCACAUAAUUUCAAAUUUUAACAUUAGGCGACUAAGGGAUCAUAUUACAAUAAAAUUAAAAAUGUGAGUUUUAAAGUAAAACUAUAUAAGGAUUAAAGUGAUAUUUUGCUUAAACUAUAGGACUAAUGAUGUAAU